GGAUCGCUAAUAUUAUGUCGUGCGAUUUGAAAAAUAAAGUGGUUUUAAUCACCGGCGGAUCGAUUGGUAUAGGAGAACAAGUGAUAGAGAUCUUGCUGAAAGAAAAUGUGAAGCACGUAGCGAACUUAGAUGUAGCGGAAGACACUGGUAUCGCUUCACAAAACAAAUUGAACAAGAAAUAUGGCAUGAAAAAGGUGAAAUUCUUUAAAUGCGAUGUUACAAACGAUUCGCAACUGUUUGGUGCUUACGAUGCGGUUAUAAAGGAACACGGGUCUAUUGAUAUAGUCAUAAACAACGCUGGUAUCAUGAACGAUGCCAAAGAUAAAUACAAGAAGGAAAUUGAAGUUAAUAUCACUGCACUCACUACAAGCACACUAAAAGCCCUAGAAUUGAUGCGAAAGGACGAAGGUGGUAAAGGCGGUGUUAUAAUGAAUAUGUCUUCAAUAGCCGCGCUGUACAUAGACCCACUUCUGCCCAUCUAUUUUGGCACGAAGAGUUAUGUUCUACAAUUCAGCAGUUGCCUUGGCUUGCCAGACUAUUACAACAGAACAGGAGUUCGAGUUGUAGCAAUAUGUUUCGGUGCGACCAAUACCUCUCUUCUCAGUCAAGCAAAACUGGGACAUUUCGACAAGGUUAUCGAGAAGAGCAUGGUUGAUACUAUAUGCAAGCAACAUCAAUCCCAAAAGGUCGAAUCUGCAGCUCAGGGGGUGGUUGACGCACUCAAGAGAGGUGAAAGCGGUAGCACAUGGCUAGCGAUUAACGACAAACCCGUUCGUGACGUCACUGAUGUUAUAAAGAAAGGCUAUGGAGUGCUCAGUAAACUUGUCUUCGAAUAAAAUAAAAUUUAGUUUUGCCAGCAAAAAUCCUCUCAAGUUAUUACUCAAUUUUAUCUUGCAAGAUUAUAAAAAGGAGUAGGUAGGUUAUUUACGUAUUGCUACAUUAUUAAGUUUGUAUGGUCAUCAGGCAACAAUCAAAAUCGAAAAAAAUUUAAUUUGAAAUGAUGCAGGUUAUUUAUAACAUAAGGUAUCUACUUGUUUGUUGCAAUUUUUCAUCUUUGGGAUAAGAAAACCGCAGUUAACCUUUGUUGUAACAAUUUUUUAAGCCUAAAGUCACAUAAUUUUGAAGAGCUUUUUGAAAAUUAUUAAAAAUGAUUAACAGUAUCGUAAAGAGCGUACAGCUCGGACGGCAGAGCAAAUCAUUUUUCCAAAUGAGAUCGACAACAUCGCAUCAGGGUCGAUCUUGUAGCAUAAGAAUCUGUAGUUCAACUUUUUGAAGUCAACAAGUAAAAGGUAAAAAUUA